CGAGGGCGCUUGGGAGACGCCUCGCCCAGCGGCGAUAGAUUAGUCAGGCCUCAGAAAGAUGGCGUCCUCGGAGCAGGCAGAGCAGCCGAGCCAGCCAAGCUCUACUCCAGGAGGUGAAAAUGUGGUGCCUCGAGAGCCUCUGAUUGCCACAGCAGUGAAGUUUCUACAGAAUUCCCGAGUCCGUCAGAGCCCGCUUGCGACCAGGAGAGCAUUCCUCAAGAAGAAAGGGCUGACAGAUGAAGAGAUCGAUUUGGCUUUCCAGCAGUCGGGCACGGCUGCCGAAGAGCCUCCGUCCUUGGGGCCGGGCACACAGGUGGUUCCUGUCCAGCCCCCUCACCUCAUUUCUCAGCCGUACAGCCCUGUGGGGUCCCGAUGGAGGGACUACGGCGCCUUGGCUGUCAUCACAGCAGGCAUUGCGUUUGGCUUUCACCAGCUCUACAAGAAAUACCUGCUCCCCCUCAUCGUGGGUGGCCGAGAGGACAGGAAGCACCUGGAGAGGAUGGGGGCAAGUCUCUCGGAGCUGAGUGGCAGCGUGGCACAGACAGUGACUCAGUUACAGAUGACUUUAGCCUCCGUCCAGGAGCUGCUGAUUCAGCAGCAGCAGAAAGUCCAGGAGCUCGCCCACGAACUGGCCGCAGCCAAGGCCACUACAUCUACCAAUUGGAUCUUGGAGUCCCAGAAUAUCAAUGAACUCAAGUCGGAAAUUAACUCCUUGAAAGGGCUGCUUUUAAAUCGGAGGCAGUUCCCACCGUCCCCCUCGGCCCCGAAGAUCCCGUCCUGGCAGAUCCCGGUCAAGUCCCCGUCCCCCUCCAGCCCCGCUGCUGCCACCCAUCACAGCAGCAGUGACAUCUCGCCCGUCAGCAACGAGUCCGCGUCAUCCUCGCCCGUGAAGGAGGGCCACAGCCCCGAGGGCUCCACGGCCACCUACCACCUGCUGGGCCCCCAGGAGGAGGGCCAGGGGGUGGUGGACGUCAAGGGCCAGGUGAGAAUGGAGGUGCAGGGCGAGGAGGAGAAGAGGGAGGACGAGGAGGAGGAGGAGGAGGAGGACGUGAGCCACGUGGACGAGGAAGACUGCCUGGGGGUGCAGAGGGAGGACCGCCGGGGUGGGGACGGCCAGAUCAACGAGCAGGUGGAAAAGCUGCGACGGCCCGAGGGUGCCAGCAAUGAGAACGAGCGGGACUAGGCCCCGAGGGCAGCUGGCCGCCUCCGCUGGGCCGCCUGGCCGGGCUCCUCCUCCUCCUCCAGCUCCGGGAGGGCCGCCUUGUGCAGGUGGGGCCGAGCUGUCGCAGCCUCCCGAGCUCUGCGCGCGGGGACGAGUCUCCGUGCAGCCGGCCUCUCUGUCCUGAACGCCAGCCCCAGCCUGCCGCUUCCUCCGCUCGGCCCCAGCCAGCUGGGCCUCGGCCUUGUUCUCCCGUCCGGCUGAGGGCGCAAAUUUUCCGGGCCCGGGCCCACCUCAGCCCUGUCUCCCAGACGGAGGUCUUGUCCAGGGCGUGUCUGCUGAGCAUCUUAGCUAACCUAACACCGUGCAUGACAAGAGGUAGUUUAAUUACCUGGCUCCGGUCCUCCGCGGAGGAAGAGCCGCGUUGAUGUGGUAUCUGCUGACCUGCCGCCCUCCCGUCCUGCCGCGGCUCCUUCACUAGCCUCACAAGGGGCCGGGGGCCGUCUCGUCACGUGUCCAGAAGCCACGGCCCUGUGCUCUUCUCUCUCUCGGCAAGGGCCUCCCGGGGCCCCACAGCCGGCUCUUGUCCAGAGGCUGCGCCCCCACGCGCCGUCCACGCCCCACCGCGCCCGUCGUCCUUCCAGACAAAUGAAAUCAUUCUGCACUUCUCCCGUCCUCGCUCGCUCGCUGCAUUGUGACUCAGCUAACCCCAUGGCGAGACGUGGUUCUCACUCCCACAUAGGAGCCAGGCGUCAGGGCCCCCCUGUCUGCCCCCCGCCCCCGAAACACAUGUUCAUUUGUGUGAUCAGGUAUAGGUUUCAGAAUAUAAGAUACUACUGUAUAUAAUUGUAAUAAAUACGAGUUGUCACUAUUUAA